UAAAUUAUCCCCGAAUAUUGUGUUAAUGUUUUUGGUUUGGUCAAGAACGGCUACUUUGACAUCCUUACGUGGUAUUUCAUGAGCUGGACAUUCAAUGAGACAGUUCUGACCCGUUUCUGGGCAGUGUAAGUUACAGUAUUCACAAAGAGGAGAGUUGUCUUUAUCUAUAAUAUCAUAUCUACAUGCAUUCACGCCACAAUGGCUCUGUCAAUCUGUGACCAGGUGCUGGUUGUCUCCCCUGGAUAAUUCCAUCUGGGCCUUCGCUGUUCCAGCAGUCCUUGUUGUAUGUACCAACCUUGUUAUCCUGAUGUCGGUGAUGCGGGUCAUCCUGAGCCUCAGUGCCGCCAUGGACGAGGACAAGAUCCGCAGCAUCAAGACGGCGGUGAAGGCCUCGUUGCUGCUGCUGCCGCUCCUGGGCUGCACGUGGCUGUUCGGGGUGUUCACCUUCUCCAGGAAGACGGUGGUGUUCCAGUAUCUGUUCGCGGCCACAAACUCCCUGCAGGGUCUGCUGUUGUUUAUCUGUCACUGCAUCAUCAACAGCGAGGUCAGAGAUGUAUUCCUACGCAGGAAAUCUUCCUGGGACCUUUCACGCCAGUUGAAGACACACAGUAAAGUAGAGCCGAUCCCUGACAUCAGGCCGUCUUCAUUCAAAGCCAGGCCUGCAGUCCAAGCAAGACAACCUGGAGACAGAGUCAUCACACCUCCGACUGGAUCGUCAGUCGUUGGGUCAAACCCAGACAGUGAUACGUCCAAAAAUGGGCGGAGGAAAAGUAGUUCUGAGCCAAUAAGCGUUGAAUCAGUUAGUAAAUAAAGGUCUCUGUUGUUGAAGAGUGAUAGUAUUGAUUGUGUACCCUAUCGUGUACCAAUGAAACUAGUCAUACACGUAACGGUACCGUCACUGUUGUGUGGUUUAUAGUCAUAGUUUUCGUCGUAGACCUAGAUAUGGUGUUGAGACAGGGGGAUAGCCCAGCGUCUUGAGCGUUUGCUGUACCGACGAACGUGGGUUAGGUUCCCGCGAGGGGACAAUGCAUGGCAUGGCUGGCGUGUCGCUGAAAGCGGCGUAAAACCACACUCACUCCAUACUGACUGCCGCUGACAGGAGCAACAUGAAGAUCCGGGUCAGGCCUGCGUGGCACCUCUUCCUGACUCGUCAAUACAGCCCCGAACACACUGACGGCACAAGAUGGGGGUUCAGGGGGCGCGCACAGUCAGUCAUCUAACAUGUUAAAUGCGCUCUCGGCAAGUUAAAGCAUAUACAGUAAAUACUUGAUAAAAAAAUAUGCUGACGUACAAAAUAAAGUACACACCUGGUGUAUUUAGACUAUUCCCAAAUAAACAAAUAGUUUGCUAGCAACGUUGUAAUUGGGUACUAUAUCUGGUGUUAUUGCAACACGUAGACAAUGUUUGUGACUUGUAAGCCACAACCAAAACACUUUUCUAAUUUUAACGCUGUUUUUAAGAAGAUAUUUUACCAAAUCGUCAGGUGUGUACUUUCUUUGGUACUUCAGUUUACUUCAUAGUCCUGGUCAGUGGUGGAACAUAGCGAACUCGUGAAGCACUGAUACCUAUGUUAGUACAUAAGUUGGUAAGGGUGGGUAUAUUUUGUAGUGUUUUGUGCAAUAUAACUUAAUUAUCAUAUAAGAUCUUUACAUAUUUACUUUGUGGUAAAUUUGUUGUCUAAAAAUGUAACGGACAAUUCUGGAAUCAAAUAUUUUCUGGACAUGCUAAACACUUUGAUUGUGAUACAAUCAUACCGCCAUAAACUCACACUUGUAAAUUGUCGUUGUCAUCAGAUGAGUGUAUUCUGCAUCCUUAGUCAGGUAGAGAUGAUUGAUUGGGUGUUGAUAUACUCUCUAUAUACUCUCUAUAUGUUCAAUAGUUUUAAUCAUAAGAAGAUAAUUAACCUGACACAUGUCAGAAGUUACUCCUAAUGUUACGUUGUGUAAACUUACAAUGUUGAUAAUAAAUAUGAUCGACAUUCGUG